AUGGAACACGGUCUGCAGAUCCGAUACAACCCACAAAGAUCUGAAAGGGCUGGACGGUCAAGCCCUAUCCCUGAACGCGAAAUUCACGUGGGAUGGGGAAGCGAGAAUUCGGUAUUGACGCAACAAGAGUCUGAUUCGUUAUCCGAUAAUGCAGUCAUGUGCGCUGGGCCCCGAUCCAGGUGUGCCAGCGGCGCUUAA